AUUCCGAAUUAGGUGAAAUUGAUGAAGAAUGGAUAAUCAAUCAAACUUUGUUAAUUAUCAUGAAAGCAAAAAAACUCAGGUGUCUCAGUGAACUGUGCCGCUUGCUUUUGCCUGAUUUCUUAAACGACCAUAGUUGUGAACCUGAAAAAUUAUUCAAACUCGUCAAUGAACAUGAGGAGCGUGACAAAUACUUGCUUAUCCUCGCUUUUCUAUACAGUUAUGGAAUUGGAACCACUACUAAUGCCGCAAAAGCUUUCGAGUAUUACCAUAAAUCUGCAAAACUCGACGACCCAAUCGGAAUGCAAGAAACCGGAUUCUGCUUCCAAAAAGGUAUUGGAAUCACUCGUAACUGUGUUCAAGCCGAAUUCUGGUACAAGAAAGCUGCAGAAGCCGGAAUGGAACUCGCGCAAUAUGAAUUGGCGUUGAUUUAUUUUAACCGGCAUGAUGAAGACCAAUCGGUAUUCUGGCUUGAAAAAUCAGCAUAUGCUGGAUUCAACGAAUCGGCCGAAUUUCUCGCCGAAACUUAUUUUGAAAGGAGGGAUUUUCGACGAUCGUUUUAUUGGUAUCGACUCUUAUAUGGAGAUGGUAAGGAAUUCGGGAGAGACGGAUUGGCUAAUUGCUAUAGAGAUGGGUUGGGUACUGUAAAAGACCUUCAUAAAGCGAUCAAGUGUUUGUUGAUUCCUUCGCCACUUGAUGAUUCUAACAUUCUUGAAGAAAUUUUUAUUGAAGAAA